AUUUAAAGUGAAAUUCGGCCUCUGGGGUCGUUUUAAUCCCCCUUUCAGGACAAUCGAUCGAUCUCGUUCGAGAAUAAGGACUGUGUUAAAAAGAACACCCAGAGUCCCAAAAGACAAGAAAAGCGAUGACUUCUACACCUUCUGCUUCUGCAUUAUCGGCUGUUCUCCGGUGUCAGGGGAAUAUACUUGCCCGAAAACAGGCGAACAAGAAGCGACCUACGGAUUCAGUGUAUGGGCUCGUGGUGGCUUAUGGAGCGAACUCCGAUUCGCGUCACGGACUAUUGGACAACUCUUAUUUUCGCGCUCUAUGGGGAUUCAUAUUUCACAGGGAGCGCGUGGAGAUUCCAGGAGUUUUGUCCAUUACGGCGAGAUUUCAAACUCGCGUUUCAAGAAAAUCUACUACAAUAAAUAGUGGAUGCACAGAUCAUUUGGUCAAAAGCCCUUCAACAGAAAAGACUGGGAACUGUGAGUGUUGUAAAAUGCUCAAUAUGAAAGUAUCGAGUGCAAACCAAUGCCCAAAGACGAAACUGAAGUCAGACUAUUACAUUUCUGCCUUUAAUUCUAAAGUUUAUAGUCUUUUGUCCAAAAACAACAACCUUGUUCUUCGACUUGAAGGCAGGUAUUUCCGACAACUAUGCUCAGAAUAUCCAAUGACUUUUUGUAUUUGUAUUGUUUGUGCUCAAAGAAAGAGCAUAAUCAACCAAAACGAAGUGGACUCGAUAUUUUCUCUUAGCUUAUUGUCGAUGUUAAAGAAAAGACUGAUACAUUUAACAGCAGCAGUGUCUGACAUAGUGCGGGCAAAACUUGGAAUAGACUGGAAGAGGAACCAGUUCCAUCCGGAUUUUGAUAUGCCAUGUCGGUGUGUCAACUGUAUUUCCGAUCACCAUAAGGAGGAAGAAUCUAAGAUGCUGGAAGGAGCCUCUGAACCUGGGCAUUAAGUCUUCAGCUGCAUACCAUAUGGAUAAUAUAUCACACAAAUGCACCUUUAUAAAUUACUUCAUUAAGACAAAAUUAGUGUUUGAUAGAUUUACUGUAAGAUUUACGCACUCCAAUUUCAUAACAAAAUUCUGUCAAAUUGAAUUUAGUUAUCUUUGAUAAAAUAACAUAAAAAAACUAUAAUGUAAAAUUUUAUGAAAUUAAAUGUUGUUACACAUUAUUUAAUUCAAUACGAUGUGUACAUCUUAAUAAUAGGCUUUUGAUUGCAGAUAGAUUGAUGUAAUUGCAUUUUAUGUUCUGUCUGGCUCUGUCUUGUAUGAUUGUUUGGUGGAUGUAUAGUUUUUGUUUACUUCACACUUGAUUUUGCACAUGAAUUUUCCCUUUGGGACAAACAAAAUAACAAGCCAUGGGCAACUUUUAUGCUGACAUAACUUUUUUGAACGGUUAAAAGGAUAAAAAUAAAGCAUAAUAUUAUUGAGUAAACAUAUCAAUUCAAACUGAGUCUGCAGUGUGUCUGA